AUGAAUCACAACCACGACUCUUCCAUCUCGCCAAACAAGGCCUCUCAUCCACCACGCAACGUGGACUUGCACCUUCAAUCGCAGGCCAUCAUGACGCCUCCACCUAGCUUUGGCUCUCACGCCUUCCAUAAAUCGCCUUUUGCUUCUUGGAUGGACCAACUUCCCUCCGUUCCAGCAACUGAACUGCGACCACAGACCGUCUCCAUCCCACGCUCGCAUGCCUUUUCCUCGUUGGCACCACUCGCCAAGCUAUCACCCACAGAAGAGUCUCACAACAUUGACAUGCAUGCGGACCAGCACGAUCAUCAGUUACCCUUCGGCAGCAUCAAGAGGACCGUCCCUCUUCAGCAUCUCCAGUCCUUCGGCAGCCCUGAAGAACACACAAGUCCAUUGCCAGCUCACGCUGAGCAUCAUCUCUGGCAUCAUCGCGGCGUCAGCAAUGGCUCUGGCUCUGAUGUCAGCUCUGCUUCCGCCAAUGCUGGCAUCGAGCCGAACGCUCUUGCUGGUCCUUCGUCUCAACCCAUGCUGAGAGCUGGAUCGCGCGACUCUGACCAGGGCUCACAAGCAUGCCGACUCUCACGCACGCUCUUUGGCUCUUCAGACUCGCACCAACGCUUGGAUGAUAUCGAGAUGGACAUUGACUCGGAUGAGGGCCAUCUCGACACACUACCUCCAGCUUCUCCUUCGCCAUUGUACGAACAGCAAGAUCUUUUGGAUCCCGGUUCCGCAUUCAACCUCGAUCUUGGCGAACCUAUGUUGCAACCGGGUAGCCGACCAACACAUCGCCUCAGUCGCAAAUCAUCAUCCUCGAGCACAACCCACACACUGGCGAGCUCAUCCGCACAAAGCAUCACCAGCGCCUCCCAACCUUUGGCUCGCCAAGCGAGAUCCCGUCAGCCUUCUCAGACCAGCCCACCUCUCUCUGGUCAUCCAUCACAGCAACUCUGUACACCAGCACGUCAACGGUCUACAACGGGCGGUGGUAUGGAACUCGACGAGCCCGCCGCACACAGCAAUCGCUUCGGUCCCGCAAUGGGCGCUCCCUACACUCAACCACGAGCACCGCAUCGCACUCGAGCUUCCUCUUCUGCAGCAUCGCAUCGUCCACUUUCCGAGUUCCUCACGCCACGCAGCAUCAGUGCCUCCGCUGGUCUUGGCGAGAAGCUUCCAGGUGUAGCCAACCUGUUCGAGUUUGCAACCCAGCCUCGUCCUUCCAUGCACGCCCCCGAUCGAGAUUCCGAGAUGAGACCCUUGCGCGAGGCUAGACGCAGCAGGCCUGCCAACCUUUCCACGAGCUCCUUCCCGACUGCCAAGCUGUUCGAGGACGAGAUUGAAGCAGUAGCAAAAGCUUCAGCUCCGACACAGACCGAGUCGAGCACAGUCGCCACAACAGACAUGACCUCUGACCAGCUUGAUCUCGUCUGCACUCCAGCACGGCGGAAAAGCGCUCCUUUACGAGGUUUCGGUUGCGAAGCAUCACCAAGUUACAUGGAGACGACACCGCAGUUUGCUACACCGCACAGUCUUUUUGGCAACGUUCUCCAGGCCAACACUCCCGCCGACGACAGUGGUGUUGCGUUUGGUGAUGGAGAGCAAAGCAUCAAGAGCAAUCGCAAGAGGAUGGGUUCCGCCUUGACACCCGCAUCGAAGGACUCGCCUAUGCCGUCCACAUCGGUACUCGGAAAUGUACUCGACGACCUCUCUUCGCCUUUGCAAGAUGCGCUUCGACGUCACGAGACCAGCUUCCAUCGUGACUCGCCUGCUCCACGCCCAGUGAGUCGAACGAUUAUACAUUCUUUCGGACCCAAGGAGAGGUCAUCGCUCAUGCACCAGACACGCUUCAACUCGAGCGAGAAUGGUUCUGCCAACUCAUCUCCCGACCCUAUCCCGCGUGUGCGAUCCAGAACCAGCACCAGCGCAGCUAGCCCCGCACGAUUGGCUCGCGAACGCAGGCCGACAUCCGAGUCUAUCGACGCUACCAGCCAGUAUCUCACACCGCAGAACUUCAAGAGCGUCAAGCCGUUGCAAGCUGCUUUCAUGUCGACCGGUCUCGUCUCGAAGCGAAACCGUGCACGCGAGAACUCGGAGGGUGCAGAUGGCGGUUCGGACGCCUUGCCACUUCCGCCCAAGCCUCCCAACUUCGGACAUGCGCUUGGUCUGCGUGAAGUCGUGGCAGCUGCGACGGCACAUGCUUCUGCAACAGCAGAUCGAUCUACGAACGCCAUGCCGGAUACGCCAGUCAAGAAGGCAACUUCCACUCCACUGGUGCCGUUCCCUAAGCUUGCGUCUGGUCUUCGAGGUCAGAUGAGCGGCGCUCAUCCGAAUGGGCUCGGUCGAUCGCCAUUGGGUGUCAACUCGCCUGCCAAGGAUCCCGCUGUUUCGAAUGGCGUAAGCACAGGAUCGCCUGUGUUGCCAGAUUCGUGCGACAGCCCGACCUUGAAUCUCAUCAACCUUGGCGUUCCGAAUGCUAGCACACCAUCUACGCUCUCUGCUCGCCAUGGAGUUGCUUUCGGCUACUUACCACGCAGUCGCCGCUCUCCUCAUCCGGAUGCUCAUGGCUUCCAGACUCUCAACGCAGGCGACAGUACAGAGGACGACGAGAACCUCUCGGAUGUGCCCAACAGUCCCAGCGUCCAGUCUGGCCGCAUUCGUGAUGUCAACAGGCUUCAAAAGGGUAAACGAACCAUCACCACUCUUUCCUCCAGUGGGACACAUGCACCUUGCCGUAAGAUGCUUUCCGUGGACACUUGCAAAGCUGCUGGUGCACCCAAGACGCUUCGUGUUCGGUCUGCUGGCCUAGGCAAGCGCACUAUCAGCCGAAACGCAAGCUUCAUUCGAGAUGCACAGGCCGUGGCUGCUGCUGCUGCUGCUGGCACUGGCACUGAUACCAACGGCGAAUUGCUGCCUCCUUCGACACCUCUCACGACCACAAUGACGUUGCACCCCGGCGGGGAGGAUUUGGAACCAAUGACACCAACACGCAACGCAGCACAGAUCAAGUGGUUUGAAGCAGCUCAAGUUCUCACCACGCCAUCGCCAUCGACUCGACGUCAGAAUGCAAAGUUGCGAGCUCAUCGACUUGAACUCAUGGGACCACACCGCAAAUCGAGCUUGUCGGAAACAUCGACUUGUCAAGAAACGCCACAGAAGGCUUCAGCUUCCACGGCUGACUCUGACUGUACCACAACGAAGCAUGGUCAUCUGGAGACGGCAUUCACGGUUGAAGAAACCAUCGGAUCUGGAGAGUUCAGCGAAGUGGUCAAAGCCGUCUCCCGAUCCACUGGCUACGCGUACGCUGUGAAGCGAAUGAAGAAAGCCUAUCUCGGUCCCAGAGAUCGUCUGCGAAGACUAGAAGAAGUCGAUGUUUUAAGAGCUCUGUCCAAAUCGGGUAAGUCCCAUGUGAACAUUGUCUCGCUUCUCGGCGCGUGGGAGGAAGAAGGGCAUCUUUUUUUGCAGUUAGAACUGUGUCCGCUUGGUUCGCUUGCUUUCUUUUUAGAAGAGUACGGACAACAAGUGGGGGCGUUGGAAGAACCGAGAUUAUGGAAGGUUCUAGCUGAACUUUCUAGUGGAGUGGAAUAUAUUCAUGGACAUGGGAUUUUGCAUUUGGAUUUGAAACCGGCGAAUGUUUUGAUUACCGAACAUGGAACCUUGAAGAUUGGAGAUUUUGGAAUGGCUACAAGAUGGCCGCUUGUGGAUGCGGAGAUGACGUUGAGGGGUGCUGGCUUGGGUGCUGGCUUGGGUGCUGGCUUGGGUGAUGAGACGGGGCAGUGUGCAGGGGUGGAGUUUGGGGUGGCUGAGAGGGGGAGAGGGUUGGAGAGGGAGGGUGAUAGGGUUUAUUUAGCGCCAGAGGUGAUUUUUCAUGGAGAGUAUGGCAAGGCGGCGGAUGUGUUUAGUUUAGGAUUGAUCAUUUUGGAGGCGGCGGGGAAUGUGGAGUUGCCGGAUAACGGGGAAGCGUGGCAGAAGUUGAGGAGGGAUGAUUUUUCGGAUGUUGAUCUAAGUGCGCUUAGUGGACCGAUGCUCCGCGUUCUCACACGACUUUUGAACUCUGAUCCGGAGGAAAGGGCAACGAUGGAGGAGAUAGUCAAUUUGCCUACGAUGGCUUGUGUAAGGGCAAUCAUGGCCAGAGGGUUGUCGGUGAGUGAGAUGGAUCAGUUGCCCGAAUUCACCGAUUCUUCCACCUCGGGCAGUUUGGUUGGCUUGGCGGAUAGUUCGAGCUUGGCGUCGAUACAGAGCGAUGCUUCGACCAGAACGUUGGGUUUAUCUGGUUCAGAGGCUGGUUCGAGUGCUGCCGAGUUCUCAGAAGCAGAUUCAGCAGGGUUGGGAGCAAGGUCGAUUUCGAACCAUACCAUUUCGACCAGUAUCAGUUCUUUCUCCUCAAGCACAACAGUUAUCAGGGUUAGGGGAGCUUUGAUUCAAGAGCCUGAGGAAGAGUUUAUGCGCCAAGUGUUGGCGAGCGAUCCGUUGGAAGAGGGAUGUGGCAGUAAGGAUGGAGGAAGGUGGAUUGCGAGCGCGAGUGGGAGGGAGGUGUUGGCGAAUGUUGAGCCAAUGCAAGGGGAGGGUUGCGGGAUGCAAGUCGAUGCCUGA